GCAUGUGAAUGAUUAUUGAGUCUCUUGACGCUUGCUGUGCUGUCCUGCUAAUACAAAGUGUUCCUUUAUCUGCUUUUGUUCCUUGGCUGCUGUCAGGUAUAUAUUCCUUUUUGAUAAAGUGGUGAUAGUCUGCAAGCGGAGAGGGUACAGCUAUGAGCUGAAGGAGAUCAUCGAACUGCAGUGCUAUAAAAUGACAGACGACCCCAUGCACAACAGGGAUGUUAAAAAGUCAAGUGGAAAAAUGUGGUCGUACGGGUUCUAUCUGAUCCACCUCCAAGGGAAACAAGGCUUCCAGUUCUUCUGUAAAGCUGAGGACACGAAGAGGAAGUGGAUGGAGCAGUUUGAAAUGGCCAUGUCAAACAUUAAGCCAGAGAGAGCCAGUGCCAACCACCACAACUUCCAGAUGCACACGUUUGAGAAGACGACCAACUGCAGGGCUUGCAAGAUGCUGUUAAGAGGGAUUUUCUAUCAGGGUUAUUAUUGUUCAAAAUGUGGAACCGGAGCUCACAAAGAAUGCUUGGAGGUGAUAACGAUAUGCAAAAUAAAUUCCCCUGAUUCGGAGCCUGGACCCCAGGCAUCAGGUCCUAAGAUGGUAGCAGUUCGUAAUUACCAUGGAGCCCCGGCUCCACCAGGAAAGCCAGUGCUGUCGUUCCAGAUGGGGGAUGUGAUCGAGCUGCUGAAGGGAGACCCUGAUUCCUCGUGGUGGGAGGGAAAGUUCGUGUUAACCCAGAAAACCGGCUAUUUCCCCAGUUCCUGUGUAAAGCCCUGUCUAGACCCAAAGCCCUCAUCACCUUUUUCUAAUAAGCAGCCGUCCCGAGAACACGAUUACUAUGUCUAUCCAUGGUUUGCAGGCAACAUGGAGAGACAACAGGCAGACAACUUCCUCAAGUCCCACACAAGUGGAACAUACCUAAUCAGAGAGAGGACAGCAGAGGCAGAGCGCUUCGCCAUCAGUAUCAAGUUUAAUGAUGAAGUUAAACAUAUAAAAGUUGUAGAAAAGGACAAUUGGAUCCACAUUACAGAAGCCAAAAAGUUUGAAAGCCUGUUGGAAUUAGUUGAGUACUACCAAAUUCAUUCACUGAAGGAGAGCUUCAAGCUAUUAGAUACAACGUUACGGUACCCAUAUAAAUCCAGAGAGCGGUCUACCUCCAGAGCCAACACACGCUCCCCAGCUUCCUCUGCUUCCUACAACUUUUCUUUUCUCAGUCCUCAGGGCCUCAACUUCUCUUCUCAGACCUCUACUCCCUUCUGGUCAGUGUUUACACCCAAAGUCAUCGGCACAGCUGUAGCCAGGUACAAUUUUGCAGCUCGUGACAUGAGAGAGCUCUCACUAAGGGAAAGAGACGUUGUGAAAAUCUACAGUAAGAUUGGUGGGGACCAGGGCUGGUGGAAGGGUGAAGCCAAUGGCAGAAUCGGCUGGUUUCCUUCAACGUACGUAGAUGAAGAAGGAGUGCAAUGAUUGGACAAUUAGCUUGGACAUCAUUACUUUUUUUUUUCUUUU